UGAAGGCAUCGCCAGUCUCAUUGUGGCCCCGUAGAUCUAACGCCAUCACACGCAGCGGCUACUACGGAGCAGCAGGGCGAUAGAACAACAGGGCCGCCGCCGCCGCCGCUCAGCCUUUAUUACCGACACAUUCGUUCAGCUUAAAGCGAUGGAAUACGGCGCUGUGGGACAUUAGAGCCGCUUAUAUCGGGCCUGUGUGUUUUUUUUUUUGGCGGUGCACAAAGCAAUGUGGAGAAAAUAAAGAUCGUGAUACGGCGCAUAAACCAGAGAUUAUAGAUAAUGGGCUGUGUGCAAUGCAAGGAUAAGGAGGCAACCAAACUCACAGACGACCGAGACGCCAGCAUCUCCCAGGGAGCCGGGUACCGCUAUGGGGCCGACCCCACGCCGCAGCACUAUCCCAGCUUUGGGGUCACUGCCAUUCCCAACUACAACAACUUCCACGCCCCCGUCGGACAGGGGGUGACCGUCUUUGGGGGGGUCAAUACUUCCUCUCACACCGGGACCCUGCGGACCCGUGGAGGGACAGGAGUCACUCUCUUUGUGGCACUUUACGACUACGAGGCGCGGACAGAGGAUGACCUGAGCUUCAGGAAAGGAGAAAGGUUCCAAAUCCUCAACAGCACUGAGGGGGACUGGUGGGACGCGCGCUCGCUGACCACCGGGGGCAGCGGUUACAUCCCCAGUAACUACGUGGCUCCAGUAGACUCCAUCCAAGCUGAAGACUGGUACUUUGGUAAACUGGGCCGCAAGGAUGCAGAGAGACAGCUGCUGUCCACCGGCAAUCCUCGGGGCACCUAUCUGAUCCGAGAGAGCGAAACCACAAAGGGGGCCUUCUCCCUGUCCAUACGGGACUGGGAGGAUGAGAAAGGAGAUCACGUCAAGCACUAUAAGAUUCGUAAGCUGGACAGCGGAGGAUAUUACAUCACCACCAGGGCUCAGUUUGACACGCUGCAGCAGCUGGUUCAGCACUACUCAGACCGCGCUGCGGGCCUCUGCUGUCGCUUGGUGGUUCCCUGCCACAAGGGGAUGCCCCGCCUCGCCGACCUGUCGGUGAAAACCAAAGAUGUGUGGGAGAUCCCACGGGAGUCGCUGCAGCUCAUCAAGCGCCUGGGGAACGGGCAGUUUGGGGAGGUCUGGAUGGGAACGUGGAACGGCACCACCAAAGUAGCGGUGAAGACGCUGAAGCCCGGCACCAUGUCCCCCGAGUCGUUCCUGGAGGAGGCUCAGAUCAUGAAGAAGCUCCGCCACGACAAGCUGGUGCAGCUGUACGCCGUGGUGUCUGAGGAGCCCAUCUACAUCGUUACAGAGUACAUGAGCAAAGGCAGCCUGCUGGACUUCUUAAAGGACGGAGAGGGACGAGCGCUGAAGCUGCCCAACCUGGUGGACAUGGCAGCACAGGUGGCAGCAGGCAUGGCCUACAUCGAGAGGAUGAACUACAUCCACAGAGACCUGCGCUCGGCUAACAUCCUGGUGGGAGACAACCUGGUGUGUAAGAUCGCCGACUUCGGCCUGGCCCGGCUAAUCGAGGACAACGAGUACACGGCCCGGCAAGGAGCAAAGUUUCCCAUCAAGUGGACGGCCCCGGAGGCGGCGCUGUACGGCCGCUUCACCAUCAAGUCAGACGUUUGGUCGUUCGGCAUCCUGCUGACGGAGCUGGUGACAAAGGGCCGCGUGCCGUACCCAGGCAUGAACAACCGUGAGGUUCUGGAGCAGGUGGAGCGGGGCUACCGGAUGCCGUGCCCCCAGGACUGCCCCAGCUCGCUGCACGAGCUCAUGCUGCAGUGCUGGAAGAAGGACGCCGAGGAGAGGCCUACCUUCGAGUACCUGCAGGCCUUCUUGGAGGACUACUUCACAGCCACCGAGCCUCAGUACCAGCCUGGGGAUAACCUCUAAACACCCGCCGUCCCCACCCAAAAAAAAAGACAAAAAAAACACCCGCUGUCCCCAUGUCCUCCCCCUCCAACCCUGCGGCCCUUCAGGGCUCAGGUGGAACUGCUGCUGGGGGCGGGGCUGACUCCAGAAGUACUGUGUUUAAAUAAGAAAACCCAACAGACUGUGGAGCAGCCAGGCUUCUAGUUCCAGGGAUCUGUUCAGCUUCCUCAGCUCAACUCGAGCCUCUCAGAUUUUCCUUCCUGCAAAAAAAACAAAACAAAAAAACCCGACUCUCUGACUCCCCGGGUGUCUGAACCCGGCAGAUGAAGGCUCACAAACUGAAGUGGGACGUGGGAGGUGAGGGGGUUGAGUAGAGGGGAGCGCUCAUGCAAAGAAAUAACCUGUAUUCUCUGUAAAUAAGAAAAGCUUGUUUUAGUUUGUCUGCCUCUGUUCCAGAUUUUAUUUUCUCCUGCGCAAAAAUAAUUAUGAAAAGAAAAACAGCAGGGAGAGGAGCAGCGAGCAGCGCAUGGAUCAGGCAGAAGCUCCAGUGUUAUUUUUUAAGAUUAAAUCUGAUUCCUCAUUCUAUUUUUUUUUCUGUCUGGAAAGAAAAAAAUCCUCCCGUAAAUCAUGGCUUCAUUACAGAAGAGGAUUUAGGGCCGCUGG